UUCGCUUUUUAAGCUUUAGCGUGAAGAAGUGAGCGACGAGAGAGUGAACCGACUGACGAGAGAGAGAGAGAGAGAGAGAGAGAAUAUGGACGUUUUUACGGCGGAGAACGAAGACGGUGGCUACGAUCGAGCUCUCCCGGCAGAAGAAAGUGAAAAAGACGACGACGACGGAGGAGAUUUGUGCCGGAUUUGCCGAUCACCGGAAGGACCAGACGAUCCGUUGAGGUAUCCGUGCGCGUGUCGAGGCUCCAUCAAGUACGUUCACCAGGGAUGUCUCCGUGUCUGGCUCAACCGCCGCGGAUGCAAGCAGUGCGAGGUAUGUAGGCGUAGCUACUCGUUCGUCCCUGUUUACUCUGAGAACGCACCGGAGAGGCUCCCAUGCCGUGAGUUUGUCAGAGGACUGUCGCUGAGGACACUACGCGUCGCUGCUUACGUCUUCGUGUUUCUCUUCAACGCCUUUUGCUUUUCUUUACAUCCAUGGGGACGAAGUACUGCGAUUGAUAACCAGAGAGUUUUCAGAGUUUCUGAGAAAUUUGCUUUGCUCUUCGCUGGCUUCUUGUACAACGGUUGGAUUGCCUAUAUUAUGACCAUGAUGGCGGUUCUAAAUUUUAUGGCUGAAGAUAUCUUACGGAUCCACCGUGGGAUCCAUGGAGAGAACGAACCAGGACGUGGAGGAGGAGGUGCGUGUGUGUUUUGGAAAUAUACAGGGAUUCUGUGUGAUUGGUGGCAUGAUUGUCUCACACGCCUUGGAUUCUUCCACUCCAUUUUCGUUGAACCUCUUGAAGCAAUGAUUCGUCCUCGAAACCCACAGCUUCGUGAAUUUGGAUCAAUCAGAAGGUUUCUUUUCCUUCUUGAUGACAAUGGAUUUGCGGUUCUUGCCAUCAGCUGUUAUGUCUCAUUCUUCUUCGUUCUUCUUCCAUUUAUGAUGGGGAGACUUGUCAUCCUUCUUUUCCAACGUAUGGGGGUAGCUACGCAGCUUCUUUCAGGAGACUCACUUCCACAAGAACCAGUCGUUAUUGGGUAUUGGACUAUGCUGUCACUUUCCUUGGCUUAUCUUGGAAGUUUUUCAACUCUGAGUCGAGCCAUAGCAAAGAAAUUGUCACUGGGAUUUCUCGUGGUAGCAGUGGCACUCCUAUACCUCUUAUGGAUUUUUUCAGCCAAAGUGUGGAAAAAUCUGUAUGUGGUUAAACUUAAAGAGGGUUUCGUCUUGAGUUUGAAGUUUGGAGUGUUGCCCUUGGUGCUUGGCGGCUGGUUAGAUUUUUGCACACUCCCUAUACUUGGAACGACGGUUCCCCAGAGGCUUGAGUUCGUUUCAGACUAUCCCUUCGUGAUGAUCGUACAUUGGGCGUACGGAGAACUUUACUUGCUAUUAGUUUCCAAUUCAAUGGAGCUUAUCCAGAAGAUUUUGCAGAAACGACCCUUUUGGUUUCUACUAGACGUUACUGAUCCCGACUACAAGAUCACUAAACUGUACCUUGGCCAACUUCUCUUUGCGUUGGUUUUCCAUGCAUCAUUGAUGGUGAUUUUGGUUCACUUGCCAAUAAUGACUAUCUCUUUCAUCAGCCCCUCCUUUUUCCCGCUCCAUUUAUGGUUCUAUGAAGAAAGGAUUAUGUUUCUCUCAAUGGCUGCUUAUUCAUGGUUAGGGAAAAUAAGAGUAAUCGAUUGGUUAGUCGAUCUUAUUCAACCAGCUAUAGAACCCAUAGUUCACAAGUGGAUUAUCAUGGUCAGUUCCUGGCUCCAAUUGAGGGACUUCUUUCUCGGAAACCAUGCAAACCAGAAUGUGAGACCGUUGUUGCAACAAGGGCUGGAGAUUGCUGAUGAAUGGUCUCAAGUGCUUUCCAUAGCUGAAGGAUCUCUAGUCAGCUUCUAUGGUUCUCAGCAUGAUACCACUUCUGAAGAGGAUACUGACGACGAUAGGUUUAUAAAACUGAGGAUCGCAUUGAUGUUGGUUCUAGCUACUGUGAGCCUGUUUCUCAUUAGUACAAUUUCCAUGGCGUUGCCAAUUCUGGUGGGAAGGACUUUCUUCCACACUAUCUCUUUCAUCAUGAAUAAGUUCGGACUCAAACACGACGAUCUUUAUGGGUUCUGGAUUGGAUGCUAUAUACUGCGAGUAACCUAUAUCCGGACAUGCUUCAUAAUUAACCAUAUCAUGAUUAGAAGAACCGAUUUGCUUCUCAACCUUGUUCUGCUGUGGAUACGGAAUGCCUUACUGUUCUCAGUCUGGGUCACCUUCAUAUCAAUAUUGCUUGGUCUCCUCAUCGAUCUUAUGAUCAUCAUCCCAUCGCAGGUGCCUCUAAACGAACCACCGGUUCAUUCAUUGCUCCGAGAUUGGUUGAUCGGACUAGCUAUCCUUCACAUCUGGACCUAUAUAACUAUGUUCACGCGUAUCAACUGUUUCGCAACUGUGGCGUGUCGGGAGAAGCUCAAGAGAAUCAAAAGUGUCGGAAUCAACACGCUUCCGUGGACGUGGCUGCUUGGAAACGUCAUGUGUCCGAUAAUAGACACUCUUCUAACCACUCUCGCAUUCCCUUUCUGGGUGGCCAACUCUCUAUUGCCAUUGCUUCAAUUUUCUGGUGCAGUCGAGCAAGCCGUGCAGAGGCUCAUAUGGCCGGUGUUAUUAGCCAUCAUCAUCCUAGGGUUCCUAGCCAAGCUCACUCUCGAUUUGUUCCAUUACAUUCACCGUCUGGAGUAUGAUGAUCGGUAUAUGGUGGGAGACAGAGUGGCUGACUUCAUUGAAGAUCAUGAGUAAGGAAACAAGUCCUCAAGACUAUGUGACACUGAACGUUGCAUGGACAACUAGUUUUUCUAGGCUUUCUCAAACUUGCUAUGCUAUGCAUCUCUUGAUCUUGUUUACGUACAUUUCAUCUUAUUUAGCGAUGAUCAGUUUAGAAACACCGGUCCGUUUGUGCGGGUUACAACACAAACAUGAUAACUGUUUAAAAAUUUUGACGAUA